AUGGCCGUGGCCUCCUCCACCCCGCGUGAUCCCAACACGCUGAGCAACUACCACCACUGGCGCUCCACCCAUAUCACCGCUAACUUUGACAUCCUCUUCGACCAGAAGAAGCUCGUCGGCAAUGUGAUCCACAAGUUCCGCUCCACCACCGAUGCGCAAUCCCAGGAGAUCAUCCUCGACACGAGCUUCCUCGACAUUGGCGAGGUCAAGGUUGACGGUCAGGAGUCGCAAUGGGAGUUGAUGCCUGCCGUCGCGCCCUACGGAACCCCCUUGAAGAUUGUCCUGGAGAAGCCCGUGGAGCUCGAUGGGACUGUGGAAGUUGAUAUUGCGGUCAAGACCACCGAACAGUGCACCGCGCUGCAGUGGUUGACCCCGGCGCAAACGUCCAACAAAAAACACCCGUACAUGUUCUCGCAAUGUCAGGCCAUCCAUGCGCGCUCCAUCUUCCCGUGCCAGGAUACCCCCGAUGUCAAGAGCACCUUUGACUUUCGGAUCUCUUCUCCUCUGCCCGUCAUGACCAGCGGUCUGCCGAUUCGGGACUCUGCCAACACCUCGGCAUCGGAGAACAAGGUGUACCGCUUCCACCAAUCCGUGCCAAUUCCCAGCUAUCUCUUUGCCAUUGCGUCCGGUGACGUCGCCGAGGCUUCGAUUGGCCCUCGCAGUGUAGUUGCCACAAGCCCCGACAAGUUGGAUGAAUGCAAGUGGGAACUCGAGGCCGACACUGAAAACUUUAUCAACACCAUCGAGAAAAUUGUCUACCCCUAUGUCUGGGGCGAGUACAACGUUCUGAUCCUGCCGCCUAGUUUCCCCUACGGCGGUAUGGAGAACCCCAUUUUCACCUUUGCUACUCCUAGCAUCAUCUCCAAGGACCGUGAGAAUAUCGAUGUGAUUGCCCACGAGCUGGCUCACAGCUGGAGCGGCAACCUCGUCACAAAUUGCUCUUGGGAGCACUUUUGGCUGAACGAGGGCUGGACGGUUUAUCUUGAGCGCCGAAUUUUGGCGGCUGUUCACGGUGAACCUUACCGCCACUUCUCCUCCAUCAUCGGCUGGAAGGCCCUCAAGGAUUCAGUGGACCACUUUGGAAAGGAUCACGAGUUCACCAAGCUGAUCACCGACCUGAAGGACAAAGACCCGGAUGAUGCGUUCUCAAGCAUCCCUUAUGAGAAGGGCUUCAACUUCCUCUUCCACAUUGAGAACCUGGUGGGCAAAGCCAAGUUUGACAAGUUCAUCCCCCACUACUUCACGACGUUCAAGUGCAAGUCCCUCGACUCGUUCGAGUUCAAGGCCACUCUCCUCGACUUUUUCAAGUCCGACGCCGAAGCCACCAAGCUCCUCAACGACCUUGACUGGGACACCUGGUUCUAUGCACCCGGGCUUCCCCCCAAGCCCCAAUUCGACACCUCUAUGGUCGACGUCGUAUACUCUCUCGCCGAAAAGUGGGAGUCCCUCCCCGGCUCCACCUUCAAGCCCCAAGCCAGCGAUCUCGAAGAUCUCGCCGCCAACCAGAUCCUCGUCUUCCUGGAGCAAAUUCUGAACUGGGAGAAACCGCUGACCCCGGAGCUCUCCAAGCUGAUGGGCGAAGUGUACGGCUUGACCAAGAGCACCAACAUCGAGGUGGCCAAUCUGUAUCUGCAGGUUGGCAUGAAGGCCGGCGACAAGAGUGUCAUUGAGCCUACCACGGAGCUGUUGGGCCGUAUUGGCCGGAUGAAGUUUGUGCGUCCCUUGUUCCGUAACUUGGCCAAGAUUGACCGCGAGGUGGCGGUGGAGACUUUUGAGAAGUACAAGGACUUUUAUCAUCCUAUUUGCCGGGGGAUGGUUGAGAAGGAUUUGUUCGGAAAGAAGUAA